AAAAUUAAAGAUAGCAAAAGGGAAAAUAAAAUGCCAUCGUUGCGGUCUGCUCCUCCGGCUUUUAAGUAGCAAAAGGAACAGGCGAAGUGAUUAGUGGCUGCCGAAGAAAGAGAUGGUGAGGCUCACUGCAGACCUGAUUUGGAAAAGCCCUCAUUUCUUCAAUGCCAUCAGGGAGCGAGAAUUGGAUCUUCGAGGGAAUAAGGUUGCUGUAAUUGAGAACUUGGGCGCUACAGAGGACCAAUUUGAUACCAUUGAUUUGUCUGACAAUGAGAUUGUCAAGCUCGAAAACUUGCCUUAUCUUAAUCGGUUGGGUACUUUGCUUAUCAACAACAAUAGAAUUACCCGUAUCAACCCCAAUAUCGGAGAGUACUUGCCAAAAUUACACACGCUAGUUCUUACGAACAACCGGCUUGUCAACUUGGCAGAGAUUGAUCCCCUUUCAUCCUUUCCAAAGCUGCAGUUCCUUAGUCUCUUGGACAACAAUAUUACAAAGAAACCGAAUUAUAGGUUGUAUGUAAUUCACAGACUAAAGUCACUUCGGUUGCUAGAUUUCAAGAAAGUAAAAAAUAAGGAGAGACUGGAAGCAGAGAAUUUGUUUGCAUCUAAAGAAGUUGAAGAAGAGGCUAAACAAGAACCCCUGAAGACAUUCACACCAGGUGAAAUGCCAAAUGCUUUAGAACCUGCAGAGGAACAACAGAUACCAAAAGUGGUGGGCCCUUCACCAGAGGAACUUAUAGCUAUCAAGGCCGCAAUUGUGAAUUCACAGACUCUUGAAGAGGUUGCAAGGCUUGAAAAGGCAUUGAAGUCAGGGCAGCUUCCAGCAGAUUUGAAGAGUUUGGUUGAGAACACCAGGGCUGAUGUUGUGAAUGAAAAGGAUGACAAAAUGGUCUCCAGUAAUCCAAAUACAAGUCGAGAUGAACCAAAAACUGUGGAAGAACAGAAGAAUGAUGAUGUGGCACCAAUGGAACAGGUAUUAGUUUGCAUAUUGUGUGGGUUCUUGGCUGUUUACUUCAACUUUAUAUGUUCUCUUACUCUUCUGUUUUGGAUAAGAAUGAUAUGGCCUUUUCUUUUUUAGCCUCUGUAUGUGCUUCUUUGCAGUUCUAUGUGUAGAAUAUAUUGCCUUUUCUUGGUUUUGGUUUCUGAAGAAACCAUUGCAGCUUUUAGUGUUUUUUUGACUUAGACUCUUAGACUUAUGAUUCAUUUAUCUAGAUAUUAUGGAUUUAGGAUUAGUUUAUUCAGAAGAUGCACCCAGCAAAACAGAGAGAAAAAAAGACAAGAAAGUGAAUUCUUUUGGACCAUAAAAUAGCUGAAUUGUAAAAUAUCCAUAACAAGAGAGAAUUUGUGAUUGGCCUAGGGGAAAAGAAAUGAUAUUGCAGCAAGCAAUUAAGAAAAACUAAAUGCCAUUGAGAAAUUGUUUUGGUUUCAAAUGAACUUAGACUUGUCCUUGUUUGUUUGAAUUCAUUUUCAGUUUAACCUCAAGGAGGACCUUGGCCUAUUAAUAGCUCAUUUAAUGUCAACUUUGGAAUGAUAUUUGGCAUGCUUCCUUAGUUUUGUUUUGUUUUUUUCAUUGGUUUAGAACAAUCUGGAUUCUCCUCAAGAGAAUAUCUGCAAGGAAGAGCUUACAAGUGAGUCAUAUGGUAAAAUGGAGAGACUAGAAUGUCUCUUAUGUCCAGAAUAUUUUUGUGAAAUCACUUUGAGAAGCUCACGGGGCCUGUUCUUGUAUGCAUGACUGAUUGGCCCUUUCUCCAACAUGAUCAAAUGUACUUUAUCACAAAUGUAAACUUGAACCAAUAUGGUAGAUGUAGGUGGCAUGCUUCACUCAAGUCCCUGGACCGAGCAAUGAUGCUUAUGAUGCAUCAGACUCUAUAAUAACAGCUCUAUAAUUCACAUGUAUUUUAUAUAGAUUACUCACUGUAUCUCAUGUUUGACUGAGCCAAGUUGUUGUUUGUGCUUGUGUGGGGGAUUUACUGUGGCCUGUUGUGGUUGAAUGUUUUAGUGGCUCUUCCUUGUUUUUCUUCUACCUAAUUCUACUUUUAGUCUGUAUGGUCCAUUAUUGAUCAUUAAUAAGGUUAUCAGGCUAUUACUGUGCUGUCUUUUCUCCGCUGGCAUUCAUAUCACAAUUGAUUUUUUACACUUGGAUCUGGUUUGAGGGUUUUGUUGGUGGUUUUUGAGAUUUGUAAUAUGUCCCCAUCUAUUCUGUACUGAACUUUUGGUUUAUGCAUGACACUUAUUUUUCUUCUCUCUUUUUUAUCUUUUUCCUUUUUAAUAUUGUUAACCUCUAUGGUAAGGGUUAUGGUUUUAAUUCUGCAUUCUUUUUUGCCUUUUUUCAGGAAUAGAUUCUGUGUUCCCCAUUUCCAGUCACUGCAAGAAUGCUUGUUCCAUUUACACUCCAUGCUGGGCAUUUGACUAUCAAAAUUUUGGAUUCUUUUAGAAUGUAAUAUGAAUUUUUAGGGAUUUUUGCACCUUGUACUAUUGUACCAAGUCUGAGUACCCCUCCCAUCUGCCUGAGCUCACUGGUGUUGAAUCUUGCAGUGCAAGUGUGCUUCUAUCUCACUCCGCAGGCCUUUCUGUUUAUCGACCAUGCCGAAUCUGCAUUGUGCUUACGUUGCUUUUGAGACGUGCAGGUUGUUUACCUUGGUCUACCUGAACAUUGUUAGGAAAAUGGAAGAUGCUAAACUUACAGUUUCUUUUAACACACUUAAUUUGGUUAUGUGAUGUGAUAAAGCCAUGUCAAAACUUGGUAUGAACCUAUUAGUAUAUGAAGUAUUGCUAUAUCAUCACAGAGAAUCUAGAAAUUGUUGUUUAUCA